AUGUGGCUUCCAACUGCGACUAAUCCCAAAUUCACCAACGAGAAUUUCAAGUGGAUCCUCCACCACUUCAUCAUGACAAGAGACGACGGUUGUAGCAACGAGAAGAACGAUUUUGUGUGUGUGAUUCUCAAUGAGUCCCAACUGAUGUCGACACCAAUGAUGGUGGGUCUGCUCGACGCUUCCGACGCCGAGAUGGUGGAGGAGGAAGGCUAG